GCAGAGGAGCGCAUGCGCCCGGCGCCGCUUUCCCGGCAACCCCCGGGAGGUCCUGACGCGUUUGCCGGCGCCUCCACGUUUUUCCGCCGCUGCUGCUGCUCCUUCUUCGGGCUUCUUCUUCUCCGGCAAGCGCGCGAGGAGGAGACUGAGCGGAGCCACGCCGUAGGCCUCGCCGGCUCUCCCUUGCUCCCCGCUUCCGUUUCCCUGGCCCCGCCCCCUUCCGCGGCCCCUCCCCUCCGGCGCCGGGAGAUGUGAUGAGGAGCCUCGAGCGGUUCCUGAGCAGGCUGCCAACCUUUCCGUCCUGGAUGUGGCCGGUGGAUCCAGGACCCUACAGCUGACACAGUGACAAAAGCUGCCGAGCGUGGAGGUGGGGUAGGUGUGUCACCCACAGGAAGGAGACAUGGAGAGAACGGGUGAGGCGUAUGUGAACCGCGACAAGGAAGACGAGAUGGAAAUCUCUGGCUACAACCUCUGCUACUGGAAACUGGCGCUGGUCUCGCUGGGCACAGUGUGCAGUGGAGGCUUCCUUCUCCUCUUCCUUUAUUGGCUGCCAGAGCUGAGCGUCAAGUGGACCUGCCAUGCUGUGCCAUUGCAGGAGGCCCGGGUGCUGCUGCUAAGGACCACAGACGAAUUCCGGACUUGGUUCCGGAUCCAGGUCUGUUCCCUCUCGGCCCCCGGAUCUGACCCGUUGGGUUUCCCCCAGCUGUCGGAGAGCAAGAGGCCCCUGUGCCAGGCCGUCCCACUGGAGGACUGGGAUUGUGAGGAGGGACUUCUGAGCCCCCCCGGCUUCAGGGAGCAGACAGAGGUCCGCUUCUUUGUCCACCACAACACCCGCUACUUCUGGAACGUGGAAUCCCAGUCUUUCCAGAGGCUUACGGCCCUGGAUUGCAGGCUGCCUUUCUCUUCCCUGCACACCAUCCACGGGAGUGGCCUCCCUCGCGGCACCCAGGACUACCGGAGACUUUUCUAUGGCGCCAACCAAAUUGAUGUGCAAGUGCCUUCCCUCCCCAAACUCCUCAUCAAGGAGGUGUUGAAUCCCUUCUACAUUUUCCAAGUCUUCAGCAUGGUGCUGUGGUCCCUGGACAACUAUUACCUGUAUGCCUCAGCCAUCCUCUUCAUGUCCCUCGUCUCCAUCUGCUCCUCCCUCUACACCAUCCGGAAGCAAUAUGUCCUGCUGCAUGACAUGGUUGCUACGCACAACAUCAUCCGGGUGACAGUGUACAGGGGGCCGCAUGAGACAGAGGAGAUCUUCUCCACAGAGCUGGUGCCAGGUGACGUUCUGCUGGUUCCUCCAGAAGGGCUGACUGUGCCGUGCGAUGCGGUGCUGCUGAGCGGCACCGCCAUUGCCAACGAGAGCAUGCUCACUGGAGAGAGCGUCCCUGUGACAAAGGCAGCCCUGCCUGACCCAUCCCGAGCGGCAAAUGGCCCCCACCAGGAUCCAGCCUAUGACCCAGAGGAGCAUAAGCGCCACACACUCUUCUGCGGCACCUCCGUCAUCCAAACACGGUACUACUCUGGGGAGCCUGUUCGGGCGCUGGUCAUCCGGACAGGUUUCUCCACCUCCAAGGGGCAGCUGGUUUGCUCCAUCUUGUUCCCAAAACCAACCGAUUUCCGCCUGUACAGAGAUGCCUACCGCUUCCUCCUCUGUCUGGUGGGCGUAGCUGGGAUUGGCAUGUUGUAUUCGGUGAUCCGCAGCGUGCGGCAGGCGGAACCAGUUGGCCGUAUCAUACUGGAAUCCCUGGACAUCCUGACCAUCACGGUCCCUCCUGCUUUGCCAGCAGCCAUGACAGCCGGGGUGGUGUAUGCCCAGCGUCGCCUGCGCAGGGGGCACAUCUUCUCCAUCAGCCCCCAGCGCAUUAACGUCUGUGGGCAGAUCAACCUGAUGUGUUUUGACAAGACUGGGACCCUGACUGAGGAUGGACUAGAUUUCUGGGGUUUCGUACAAGCUCAGGAUGGCUGCUUUCUCCCACCUGGACAGGACCUCCGUUCCCCCUCCCUGACCAGCUCACCCUUUGUCGCUGCCAUGGCUGCCUGCCACUCACUCACCACCAUCGGGGGGACGCUCUCAGGAGACCCUCUGGACCUCAAGAUGUUUGAGGCCACUGGCUGGGUUCUAGAAGAGCCCACUUUGGAGGAAACGGCCCGCCACGACCAAAUUCAGCCCACGGUUGUACACCCUCCUGACCAGGAGCCUCCAGAAAGCCCCAAGGGAGCCCCUGAGGAUGAGGAGCUAAUGGAGUUGAUGAAAGUCUACCAAAUUGGCCUCCUGGUGCAGUUCCCCUUCUCCUCUGCCUUGCAGCGCAUGAGCGUUGUGACCCGCACGCUGGGUGAGAAGCGUCUGAUGGUUUACAUGAAGGGAGCCCCAGAGACUGUGGGCAGCCUCUGCCACAAGGAGACGGUUCCAGAGAACUUCUCUACUGUGCUGGAAUCCUACACACGGCGAGGGCUGCGGGUCAUUGCGCUGGCGAGGCGGAGGCUGGAAAGCAAGUACACAUGGCACAAGGUCCAGCACAUCAGCAGAGACAUCAUUGAGAGCGGCAUGGACUUCCUGGGGCUGGUCAUGCUCCAGAACAAACUGAAGCCUGAGACGGUGCCGGUGCUGGCAGAGCUGCGGAGGGCCUGCAUCCGCCCAGUCAUGGUGACAGGAGAUAACCUCUUGACGGCCAUUUCGGUGGGCCGUGAGUGUGGCAUGAUCCCAGCCAAGGGGAAAGUGAUUUUGACUGAGGCCCUGCCCCCCAGGGACGGGCAGCCAGCGACCAUCAACUGGCAAUACACAGACGAACUGCCCGCCCCAGAAAUACCCAACAAGGCCAGCAAGCAGGAGAUCAAGCUGAUGUUAGAUGAAGAGGAGCUGCCUCCGGUGCCCCGGCCAGGGAUUCCUGAGGUCAGCUACCAUUUUGCCAUCAGUGGGAAAUCCUUCUGUGUCAUCUCGGAGCACUUCCCUGACCUGCUGCCCAAGCUGCUGCUCUGUGGCACCAUCUAUGCCCGCAUGGCCCCCGACCAGAAGACGCAACUGGUGGAAUCCCUGCAGAAAAUGGACUACUACGUGGGCAUGUGCGGGGAUGGAGCCAAUGACUGUGGAGCUCUUAAGCGAGCCCACGCUGGCAUCUCCCUCUCGGAGUUAGAGGCCUCCGUGGCUUCACCCUUCACCUCCAAGACCCCAAACAUCUCCUGCGUCCCAGACCUCAUCCGGGAAGGCCGUGCGGCUCUCGUGACCUCCUUCUGCGUCUUCAAGUUCAUGGCCCUCUACAGCAUCAUCCAGUAUCUCAGCGUCCUGCUUCUCUACUCGAUCCUGCGUAACCUUGGAGACGUGCAAUACCUCUUCAUCGAUGUGGCCAUCAUCUUGUCUUUGGCCUUCACCAUGAGUCUGAACAGCGCCUGGAAGGAGCUGGUCCCCCAGCGCCCACCCACCAGCCUGGUUUCCCCGCAGCUGCUGCUCUCCGUCUUCACACAGAUCCUUCUCUCACUGGGCUUCCAGGUGGGCGCUUUCCUCCUCGUCCAAGGGCAGCUGUGGUACUGCCCAAAGGAGAAUGGGGCUUGCGGCCUUGAUCCCUGCAACAUCACCCUGUUGAGCCCCAAUGUCUCCAGCCUGGUGAAUGCCACAGCAAGACAGGAGCCUCAGCCGGGAGAAGAGGAAGCGGAUGGCGAAGACGACUCGGUGCAAAGCUUUGAGAACACCACCCUCUUCUACAUCUCCUGCUUCCAGUACAUUGCUGUGGCCCUUGCCUUUUCCAAGGGCCGCCCAUUCCGCCAGCCCACCCGGACCAACGGUCUCUUUGUUGCCUCCCUGCUUGCCACCUCUGGCUUUUUGCUUCUCCUCUUGCUGUGGCCGAUGCCAGCCCUGGAUGAGUUCUUUGAGCUGGCUUGUAUUCCUUACGAAUGGAGGCUGAUCCUUCUGGUGCUGGCGCUGAGCAACCUGGUGCUGUCGGUCUCUCUGGAGAACUUUGUUUGCGAUUGUGAUGUCCUUUGGCAGCGGGUUUGCUACACCAGGAGGAAGUAUGAAUAUCCAAACCAGGCCACCUACCCUCAGCUGGAGCUGGACGAAAUGGCCCCUGGCUACUCCUGCCGCCGUCAGGCCCCUCCCCGGGCCAAAUACAAGCGCCUGGCGCAGGAGCUCCUCUUCGACCCCGACUGGCCCCCACAGCCGAAGACCAGCACCAAAGGCCGAGGGCCGCCGGCUGAGAGCAGCGCAUGACAGUCAGGUCGAUGGAGAGGCGGCCCUCAUCUGCCUCCCGGUCUUCUGGUUCUGCUUCUGGGUGCAGAAAAUAUCUAUCAGAAUAUUCCAGAAAUUACGGUACCUGCAGGAAAGAGAAGCUACUAAUAUUUCCAUAAAUCACCAGAGGUUGGAAAAUUCCCCCACAGUGGCUGGCCAGUGGGGGAUUCUGGGAGUUGUAGUCUGAAAAGGGAGGGACGUUUCCAAGCUCUGGUGAGAUCGCGAACCUCCAAACCACAGAUACCAGUAUCCAGCCUCCAUUCCAUCCGUUACCUUCUUAGGGUACCAGUUUAGGUCAGGAGGAUCCAUGUCCAUUCAAUGGACGGAGAGAGGUUUUAGCGGAGCAGCCUCCCAAGGGGGGGCCCUUUUACCCCUUUUUUUUAAAUAAGGAAAGAAAUAAAAGAUAAUUUUAUGUA